UAAAUACAUUUUGUGCAAAAUUUUGCAACCGGUAUCGUUUUCUCAGUUGAAUCGAAUUUUAAGUAGCAAACUGUGCUAGGAUAGCUCAGCAGAACUUAAGCAAUGGAAACCACAACGCAAAAUAACGACCAUCAGAGUAAAAGGUGGAACCAUUUGCGUAAGAUCCUUGAACGCUCCGGUCCCUUCUGCCCACCCAAUUUUUCGGCAUCUAACGAAACAUUGGAAUUUCUGCUGAAUACUUCCAAAAUUCUUGUGAUUGGUGCUGGUGGAUUAGGAUGCGAGCUGUUGAAGGACCUAGCCUUGAUGGGCUUUCGGGACAUUCACGUAAUCGAUAUGGAUACGAUCGAGCUGUCCAACUUGAAUCGGCAGUUUCUGUUCCGCAGAGCCGACAUUGGCAAGUCUAAGGCAGAAUGUGCCGCUGUUUUUGUAAAUGCAAGAAUUCCAGGCUGUACGGUUACUCCCCACUUUUGUAAGAUUCAGGAUUUCGGUGCAGGUUUCUACCGCCAGUUUCACAUUAUUGUGUGUGGUUUGGAUUCCAUUGUGGCCCGUCGGUGGAUCAACGGAAUGCUGAUAUCGAUGGUGGAGUAUGAGGAGGACGGAUCGGUUGAUGAAACAUCUAUUAUUCCUCUAGUGGACGGUGGAACCGAAGGGUUCAAGGGGAACGCCAGGGUCAUUUUGCCGGGCAUGACGGCUUGUAUCGAUUGUACGUUGGAUUUGUUCCCUCCUCAAGUGACCUAUCCUCUGUGUACCAUUGCCAAUACUCCUCGCCUGCCGGAGCAUUGCAUUGAGUAUGUUAAAAUUAUACAAUGGCCCAAGGAGAAUCCAUUUGGAAGUGAUAUCAGUUUAGACGGCGACGAGCCACAGCAUAUUACUUGGGUGUACGAGAAGGCUCAAGAACGAGCGAAUACUUUCAACAUAACCGGUUUGUCCUAUCGGUUGGUUCAGGGAGUUCUGAAGAACAUCAUUCCGGCUGUGGCCAGUACUAAUGCCGUAAUUGCAGCUGCAUGCGCAACGGAGGUGUUCAAAAUUGCAUCCAGCUGCUGCCAGCCGUUGAAUAACUAUAUGGUCUUCAAUGACAGCGAUGGAAUCUACACCUACACGUACGAGGCAGAGAAGAAAACCGACUGUCUGGCAUGUAGCCAAGUGCCACGCCCGGUGGAUGUAGUCGAUCCGAACACUAUGACCUUGCAAGAUUUGAUUCAACAUUUGUGCGACAGUGCUGAGUUUCAGAUGAAGAACCCGGGUCUAACGACCAGCGUCGGUGGAAAGAACAAGACCCUCUACAUGGCUACGGUCAAGAGUAUCGAGGAGGCAACCAAGGGCAAUUUGACCCAAUCGCUCGGAGAGCUUGGCUUGACGGACGGACAGGAGAUAAUGGUGGCGGAUGUUACAAACCCGAACGCAAUUUUGAUUAAGCUUAAGUUCCAAAGCAACGAAGUUGAAAUGGCUUAGGAAGUCGAGUGAUAUGUUUUGUUUUUUUUUUCAUCAAAGUGAAAAGUGGUAAUAAAGAUGGAUGCUUGAAA